CCAUCUCUGAUCUCUCGAUCAGGGACACUGCAACAGCCAUUAGUCAAAAACUCCACAAAGAAAAAGUCAAACACCCAUCUCUGUUUCCGCUGGUGCUUUGCACACGGGUUUCGGUCACGUCUCCGUAGUGGCCAGUUUUAUCCUCACGGCAUAAAUGUUAUAUAAUAUGACAUAAAUAUGACAUUUUGUUUUGUGUUUUUCUCCCCUUGUUUCUCUGAUUGUUUGAACAAGAUUUAAUCUUUGGGUUGAAAUCCGGCAGCCAAGAAACUACUGAGAGAGAUAGAAGGUGAGGUACCCACAUGUCUUAAGCCGCCCGCCUUUACCAAUCUGCCUCUGUUCGCAUGUUUUCCUGAUAACUUGAGACCAUUUUCUUCUGAAUUUGCCCAUAUUUUCUCCUUCAUCCAAACAUUUCACUUCUUUUCCGGGAAAUAUUUCCUAAGGUGGAAUCUAGUUUAUUGAAGGACAUUGGAAGGAAGAGAAAUAUUCUGGUGUUCUGUGUUGCCAUAAUCAGUUAAGGGUUAAAUGUCGUUCCGCAGCAUAGUGCGUGAUGUAAGAGAUAGCUUUGGGAGCUUUUCUAUGAGGCAUUUUGAUGCCCGGUUACCUGGUAAUCAUAGGGGAAAAACACACGUUUCUUUCCAUGAGUUGGAAGACCAGUAUCUGGUAACUGAAAACAGUCAAUGGGCUAACCUCCCUAUGGAGCUACUUUGUGAUGUAAUUAAAAGAUUGGAGGAGAGCGAGAGCACCUGGCCUGCUCGAAAACAUGUAGUUGCUUGUGCUGCAGUUUGCAGGUCAUGGCGGAGCAUGUGCAAAGAAAUUGUUAGAAGUCCAGAGUUCUGCGGGAAGCUUACUUUUCCUAUUUCUCUGAAGCAGCCAGGGCCUCGCGAUGGAUCCAUCCAGUGCUACAUCAAGAGGGAUAAAUCUAAUUUGACAUACCAUCUUUUCCUUUGUCUUAGCCCUGCUUUGCUAGUUGAGAAUGGGAAAUUCCUUCUUUCUGCAAAGAGAACCCGGCGAACCACUUGCACUGAAUAUGUUAUCUCUAUGGAUGCUGAAAACAUCUCAAGAUCUAGCAGCACGUACAUUGGAAAGCUGAGGUCAAAUUUUCUCGGUACAAAAUUCGUCGUAUACGACACACAGCCUCCAUAUUCGGGCGCCCUUGUACCCUCUUCAGGACGAAGCAGCCGGAGAUUCUACUCCAAAAAAGUAUCCCCUAAAGUCCCAACCGGUAGCUAUAGCAUAGCCCAGGUCAAAUACGAGCUGAAUGUGCUUGGCACGCGAGGUCCACGAAGAAUGCACAUCGUCAUGCACUCGAUCCCUGCCUCAGCACUCGAUGCAGGGGGCACAGUACCCGGCCAACCCGAGCUUCUCCCCCGGCCCCUGGAGGACUCAUUCCGGAGGAGCAUCUCCUUCUCCUCCAAGUCUCUGGGCCAGUCGGCAGACUUCAGCAGCGCAAGGUUUGCCGAAAUCAUCAGUUCAUGCAACCAGCAGGAGGAGGAUGGCAAGGUGAAGCCGUUGGUACUAAAAAACAAGGCCCCAAGGUGGCACGAGCAGCUGCAGUGUUGGUGCCUCAACUUUCGGGGGCGGGUGACGGUUGCAUCUGUCAAGAACUUCCAGUUGAUUGCGGCUGCUGCUGGGCCGCCGGCGCCGCCUUCUCAGCCGCCCCAGUCCGAGCACGACAAGGUCAUCCUGCAGUUCGGUAAGGUGAGCAAGGACAUGUUCACCAUGGAUUAUCGCUACCCGCUCUCUGCGUUUCAGGCUUUUGCAAUCUGCUUGAGCAGCUUUGACACCAAGCUUGCCUGUGAAUAAUAAACAAAGAAGAAGACGAAGCACACAAGAUAUAUAUAGAGUAGGAUGAUAUGCUUCUUUCUUACACUUUUGCUGCUUAUUCGUUUGAUACUGUAGGCGAUGUCUCACCAAUAUGAUGAUGAUGAUGUUGUUGUUGUUGUUGUUGUUGUAAAACUCAGAUUGUAAUAGCUAGCUAGCCUGGCUGCCCUUUGGAUAAUGAACAUGGCCAGCCUCCCUCUGCAA